AUGGAAAUAAAAGGAUCAAGUCAAGUAACUAUGAGCAGUAUCUACCUCUUCGCUGCACUGGUUCUCCUAGUCUCCAAUCAAAGGAGUCUCGCAAGUUUCGAGCAUAUGCAUGGUUUCGAAGAAGCAAUCCCUGUUGGAGUGGAACAUCAUGCACCUCUUGUAGCGGCCGCCCCCGUGGUCGCAGCAGCACCGGUUGUCGCAGCGGCUCCUGCUAUCCCGUACGAAGUGCAUGAACAUCACCAUCAUCCGGCUGAAGUUCAUAGCCAUGUGCAUUCCUUCCACACAGAAGAAAACGAAGAAAUGCUUCACGAACAUGAAAAUGCAACACAAUCAUUGUUUCUCUUACGCAGCAGGUGA